AUGACGGACCUCGACCAUUUCCCCAACCUCGACCAGGCUGAAUUCACGGAAGCUUGUCAUCUACUAGAUAGCAGAUAUCGCCAGGCUAUACUCGGGCCGCUGCGGCGAAGAUGGAAGCUCAACGUCUUCACGGCGCUGGACAUGUCGUUUUCGGACGACAACGAGGGUUACAUUGCCUAUGUCCAAAUCGUUCGACCGCUGGAAGAUGAAAUUGACCUGCCAUUUGAUCUGGGGGCCUUUUCAAUAUCUGGAAAUGCUACGGAGCACUUGACGAGUACGCAGGACGCGGAGAUGAUGGAAACGGAAGAAUCAGAUACGCAAGUUAUCCCAACGCAAAACGCCGAUCCAGAUAUUGGUUGCGUCAUAUAUGAGAUUCACUUCCAUCCCACAUAUCGCGUGCCAUGCCUGUGGUUUACUCUGCAUGGGCUGCCCGAGUCCGAGCCGGCCUUCCACAUUGACACCGUCUUCCGCCGGUUGGUCCCUGAGAGCCUUAAAGCGAGCCUUCGCGCAGGUAUGGGCAUCGGCGCCAUAUCAACAGAUGUGCGUAUCAAUAGCCUGGAGCUCCAUAAAACCCCUACCAGCUAA